UGUAUAAAUGUUUUUAUUUUUAGUUUAAUAAAUAUUUUACAAAAAAAGUACUAAUGUCAUUAAAAUCCAAGGUGUUUGGUGCUUAUCGAUUAUUACAAAGAACAUGUUUGCAAGUUUUUGCAGGAGAUACGCAAGCUCUGCAUCAAUCACGGUUUAAAAUUAAAGAAUCAUUUUUGGCAAACAAAAAUGUGGAGCCUCAUAAAGUAGAAGAUUUAAUUGUUAAUGCUAAAGAAACAAGUGAAUUUUUGUUAGAAAAUGUAUUGCAAGCUCGUCUUACAUCAGACAAUGUUUAUAAAUUGAAAAUAACAGAAAAAACAAAGUUACAAGACAAUGUAUUAUUAAAAGACUCAAAUACUAUUGACUUGAUGUGUUACAAAGUUCCUGAACAAUACAAAAAGAAAGAAUAGUAAUUGCAAUAAGUUUGAGAAAAAAUGAUUUAUUAUGAAA